AUGUGCUUGUCGGUGUUGAUCGGCGUUUCCGCUUUGGUGGCGGCGCUCUUCUUGGACAACCCCAAUAUUGAAGCUGCACUCGGCUACUUCCGACUCGAAAAUCGAGACAGCUAUUGGGAAAAGCAUCGAGAAGAAGUCAAAGAUGUAUUUGUCACAAGCUGGGAUGCGUACUCUAAAUAUGCCUUUGAGUUCAGACUGUUGCGCUUCAGCAUCCACGACGGCAAUACCCUUCGCGCUUUGAUCCAGAGCUGA